UCUAUCUUCUGCGCAUGCGCGAACCCGAGAAGAGAGCUGCUGAGGUCGAAUUGUUGGAUUUCUUUAAUCCCGGUCAAAUUAAGGCAAAAUGCCUACCGAUUAUGAUAAAGGAGCAUAUCCAGAGCCUCCUCGGAAAACUCCGGUUGUGGACAAACAGACAACACUGCCAAACCCGGCCGUGAUUCUGUCUAAACUCUUCUAUUACUCCGUGGAUGUGCCUGUCACCACAUUUAGAGAUGCUGUUGACAGUAUUCGGUCUAAGAACAAGUCGAUCUACUACCACCAGAAGUUCCGACGUGUUCCUGACCUGAUUGAGUGCCAGCAGGGAGAUUACGUCUGCUACUAUGAGUCUGAGAUGCAGUGGAGGAGAGACUACAAAGUGAACCAGGAGAUUGUGAAGAUAGUCCAGGAGCGUAUGAGGGCCUGCCAGCAGAGAGAAGGACCUAGCUACCAGCAGAACUGUGCCAAAGAAAUACAGCAGUUCGACGAGACUUCCGGCAACUUCCAGAUAUGCUAUGGAGAUCUGGGAGCGUACGGCAGCGGCCGGAAAUGUUUAAUGAAGCAAAAAGAACGGAUGAUAGCUGCUGAGGCCCAGAGUGCUUAAGAACACUUCCCUACUAUCUGUCACGUGUAAUAAUUGUAAAAUAAAAUGUACGAGUCAAA